GAUGGACACAACUGUGAAGAUGAAAACCCAAACUUUUCAUUCUGAUAAGAAAAGACACAUUUGCUGUUACUCUUUUAUAGAUCAUUGCGUGAUGGAGAUUAAAUCCUCACACUAAUCUCAUCUUUCGAAACUGGAUUGUUUACUACGUUUGCCACAGACCGUGUAAUGGCAUUUGCGGGCCCGGCCGACGUCAUUAGUCACAGUUGCCAGCAGCAAAAUCUGUGCGGACGGCUGCGCAGCCGCCCUGCGCAUCCGUCGUCCGAGGUGGACAGCGCAGCCAUUUCUUUGCCCCUCGUGAAGGGAAAAACACACAGCGAGGUGGCGUCUGUCCAUCACGCAGGUAACUAACCCGGCGCUCGGGGCGCCAUGACGUUGGCGGCACACGCCGAGGCUGAACACCACCGCCGAGCGAGACCCACGAGCUGCAAACUUUCUCCCGACUCGACGCCUGCGCAGACAAAACGGGCUCCACCGCGCCGUUCGUGUCGGUGUCGGCCAUGGAGGGGAACCUGCGAGGAGGAGGCUGCUGCAGCGACGUCGCGACGAUGCACGUGAAGACCGAAGCGGUCGACGAGACAUCUGCGCUGGGUUUGGGCAGUCGAGAGUCGCCUGCGCCCUGCGGAGACACCGCAUGCAGGGGAGGGGGAGGGGAUCAGACUGCAGAGCAGCUGGCUGACGCCACAGCGACUCCCGUGCUGCUGUAUCCCGUGAGCACAGACCGCUUCUUCACCACAUCAGGGGAUGGAAAGACGUACCUGAAGAUAGCUCCAGCUUCAACGAUGCCAGCAGCUCCCUCAGAGAAGACGCUCCCCUCCGGUUCCGAUUUCUCCUCCAAAGCCGUGUUGUGUCUGAUAGAGGCCGUUGGGCGGCGCUGGGGUCUGUACGAGACCCGGGAGCGCUCGCAGCUCUUCCAGAGCGUCCAGGAGGAGAUGGCCUCCAAGGGUCACGUGCUUCCUGUUGAGAAGAUCCGCCGCAAGUGGAACAACCUCAUCGUCACAUACAAGAGGGUUAAGGACCGCAGCCGGGAGACGGGACAUGCCAAAACGUCCUGGGAGUUCUUCGAUUUGAUGGACGCAACACUCUGUGACACCGUUGGCACUCAGAUCGUCAGCAACAAGAGACACAAGGUUUCCGCCCUGCCUGGUCCUUUGGCAAAGAUCGCCGCAAAACCGCAGUUCCCGCACCCCACCACCACCAUCCGCCCUAACGGGGACUUUGCUUCAACUGGUGGGGUGGACUCGGUGGGCUUCGGGGCCCCCGGCAUUCAAAUCAUCAGCAGCGCUGCUGCCGUUAGCUCAAUGACUACAGCGACCGCAAGCCCAACGAAUGCUCCGGAGCUCAAGCCCCUGAUCGUGCUCAACAGCGACAUUGUUGCAACCAGUAUUCACCCAGCCACCAUUGUGCCAUCUCCGUCUUUCAUCUCCUCGCCUUGUUUCACGGAGACGGCUUCUACUCCCCCUUCCCUUGGCCUGACGGGCAACGCUGACCUCAGUGCGUCGCGCUACGCAGGCCGCAAAGAGCCGGCGUUCUCGCCAGGCGUCGUGCCCUUUCGCCUCAACAGGGCGCCGCUGAGCCACAACCGCAAUGUCCUCGGCCUCUCCUCCUCUUUCCCGCCGGCUUCCUCCUCGCUCACCUCCUCCACUUCCACCUCAUUAUCUGCCACGGCGCCGCAGGGAAGCGAAGGACAGAGCCGGGGAGGGAGCGAGGAGCGAACCAGCGUCGCGUUGUUCCAGGAGGUCCUGAAGCGGCAGGAGGAACAAGCCUACAUGGAUCGGGUGGCCCGCCGCCGGGUGGAGGCCAGAGAGAAGCGGCGCGAGAGGAGGGAGGUGCGGAUGUCGGAGUCCCUCGGCAGGAUAGCCACGGCCCUGGAGCUGCUCUCCUCCAAACAGGACACAGUCAUCGCCCUCCUGCAGAGACUGGCUGAGCGGAAGUGAUGGAGCUCUGCAUCUUUGAGCUCAUUCAAACUUCUUCACCUCCUAACAUGUAGCGACCCGGUUCGCCUGACUUCUAUAAUGCUACUGAAAAGGGGUUCACUCUCCUGAUCACAGUUUCAAAGACAUUUUUAUAAAAUGCACAUGCGCUGCUCACUUUUCUACAUGAAGUGAAAUGGGGUGCUUUUGUAACAUGCUUUAUAUUUUAGUGUGUUACAGUUUUCUCUACUAACAUCAAAUAAAAACCACCUCCUUGACCAUUCA